AGGAAAGGAAAGGAAAGGAAAGGAAAGGAAAGGAAAGGAAAGACUUCUGUCCAUGACAUGGAGGAGCUAGGCUCUUCCCAUCCUUGCAUCUUCGUCCUCAGCAAGUCAUCAGGCAGGUGAGAAGGAGGAGUUACCUGAUUGAGAUAAGGAGAAAACUAUUUUACUCACAAUGGUAAAGGAAUGUGAUGUAACACAACAUAAAAGAAAUCAAGAGGAAUAUACCACACCAAAGCGAAGGGAAAAUAUCUCGUAACUGUGCGGUGAGUUUGGGCAUAGAGGAAAGAGAAGGAACGUCCUCCCCUCACCAUCUCACUGCCUUCCUGGAAACCACGGGGGAAGAAGGCUGGACAUCUAUUCGACUUCCUUAUCUUCACUUGACGACAAGUUUUGCAGCCUCGGCAUUUUGUUCUUCAGCUUCCUAAAUGGAGGCUGUUCUUCAGCUUGAAUCUGCUCCAGGUCUGCGGAAGGUUGUUCUCACAGUGCGGAAAAGCUGUUCUCACAAUUCAGAUCGAAAGGCAACCAUGAAAACAAGUACAAAAACCGUGCACUCUGCGAGCACAUCGAACCCUCGUGCAGAGGGUCCGCCAACUGUGCUGUGCUGUCUCUGCACGCAAGCACACCUUUGGCUCAACUUCCAGUUCAGCUUGCAAACUCCUCAUCACCGCUUUCACUGACUCAGUUCCUCAUUCAGUUUGGUGCACAACACGUCCAUCUUCCUGCGCUGCUAUCACUGCAGCACCUCAUACUGCACAAACAAUGGCCUCGCCUUUACCAGGUCUCCAUCAGUGUCCUUUUGGCAAGUCCUGUAUCCGUUCUGCACUAUUGAUCAGGCUGAACUCGAGUGGACAUGAGCACUGCCAGAGAACUCAGACGUGGUCCAGACAAGAAUCCUUCUUUCUCAACUUGGAUUAUAGCCCUUCUAGAUUCCUCUUGCUCUUUAUUGAGGGCGUUCUGCCCCUGAUGCCAAGUAAAAUGCCCCGUCCCACUCGGUGAGUUGUGGGAAAGGUGAACCUUUGGAACCUCCCAGAUACGGCACUUCUUUACGAACCCAACUGUGCCUUUCUUCCACCUGGUUGGUGGAACUGGUAUUGCCGGAGUUGAUCAGCCAAUUUCUCCACCACUUGCUCCUCUCCAAAUUUCCAGGUCCUUGCUGUCUGUUUGUUGCCAUACGAUGAUGGUGAACUCCAAUCAAACUUCCACCACGUUUGACACUGGAUGGGGUGGGAGAAUUGCCCUAUGGGACACCUCCGUGAGUUGACUGCCCCCCGUACCCACCCCACACAUCUGUUGGGUCUGGAUGUUGGGAGAAUUGGUCGUUGUUCAGGUCCCCAUCCCACACCACCUCCAGCACAGCUCAUUCCCUCUCACACUGGAUCCCCCUUUCCAUGCUGCUCCACUUCCCUGGCUGACACGUGGGAUCGUCCCUGUCGGAAAAACUCUCCUUCACAGUUGACAGCAGUGGUGUCCAGAGAGGGAGAGCACUGUCAUGUUUGCCACGGCUUUGUCAGCGCCCUCUUCCCCAGAGAGGGAUCGCAGCUGUCUGGCUUCCAUGCCUGCUAAAUCCAGGCUGUGGACCUCGUUAUCCCAGCGUGGCAGCAGCCAGGUGACGCUGUGCUCGCCUGGACGAUGGCUGAAAUCCUUCUGCGUAUCCGGCAGCUCACUGAGGGAGAGGCAUCAGGUGGUGACUGACAUCACCAGUACUGUCAGCUCUGUGUAUCCAGAGGCUGUGGGCGUCGAGGAGGAAGAAGAGGCCGAGGCCAAAGACAGCAGCACAUCCCCUCACCAUCACCACCAGCGGAUUCCAUGGGAAUCCUCAGCACCUGUGGGGUGUGAGUGUUUGGGUGACUGCAUCCCUGGAAGAAACUCCCUGGGGAUGGGAUGUGGAGACACUGCCGCCCACAUGGGUGACACAAGGGGCACCCAAAUGGGGGGCUCUGACCUCCCUGGGGGUGCAAGUCCAGGCGUCACCUUCAGCGUCACACCAUCCCCAAGGGGUGAGGACAGAAGAUUGGUGUCUGCUACGCGGAAGGGGCACCUGUAGGUGCCAGCAUCGGCUGAGGUCACCCUAAAGAGGGUGAAGGCGGCCGUGCCCCCACCACUGGGGUUCCUGUGCUGGAUAGGGGCUGAGCGCCCAUCCUUGUGCAGGAGGGCGGUGCCCUGAUAAUCCUGGUCCCAGCACCCGAUGGUGAUGUUUGUCCCUACCUCCACAUGAUCCUCAGGGCUCAGAGAAAUGCUGGAUGGAGGGUAUUUGGAUCUACGUGUAGAGAGAAGACAGUGAUGGGACACGGCCCCACAGCACUAUACCUCCUUUUUUUGUACAUUUACUCCAAUUCUGGGACUCCCCGCCACCUCACAGCAGAGGUUUGCCGUUCAGGAAACACCAGAUUUCCUCCAAUGUCACUGCUGACCUGUGGGACAUCCCCGUGAGGUGACUGCCCCCCUGUGCCCACCCCACACAUCUCUGGGGUGUCCCACAAAAAGUGUACCCCCACACACACUUUUUUCUCCCCCCCAAUAUGUCCCUUCACCCUCCAGUAGUGUCCCUUACCCUAAGGGGUGUCCCCACCCCAUCACAAAGGACAAAUGGCCUCUGCAGGGGUGGCCCCCAAAUGUGGCCCCACCCCUGUGAGUUUCUCACUUAAUCUAUGGGGCGGGACCCAGCUCCCCACAGACACAGAGGUGAACAGAGGAGGUGAGCACACUUGGGCUCCUGGGGGGCUGAGGGAUGUGAGGCAAUAGUGGGGCAAUGGGAAAGAUGGAGAGUCAUGGGCUUAUCGGGAGGGAUAUGGGGUCAUGGACUAUGUGGCAAGAUGUGGGGUUGUGGUUGUAUGGGUUGGGAUAUAAGAUCACAGUGCUGUGUAUCUUGAUAUAAGGCCACUGGGCUGGAUAUGGGGCAGCCAGACUGGAUAUAGAGGCGCGGUGAGGGUUGUGGGGUCAUGGUGCUACGAGGCAGCACAUGGGGUUGUGGGGUAUGGGGAGGGUUUUGGGGGGAUGUGGGUUUGGUGAGUUAUGAGGUGUGGGGAGUUCUGGGAGAGCUGUGGGAUUUGGGGACAGUUCUGGGUUAUCAGAUGGGGAAUCUCAGUGCCCUGCCCCUCCUCUUCUCCUCACCCUAAGCAGGAAAUGCAUUAAUCAACCACAUGAAAUCCAUACGGGGGCAGCGCUCUCCUUUGGGUGUGGAGAAAGCUGUGGGGCCUCACCUCAUAACCCCAUGACUCCACAUCGUACCCCAUAGCCACGUCACCCCGCGUUCCUCCCCCACAGCCCCGUGAUUCCAUAUUCAGUCCCAUGGCUCUGUGCCCCACAGCCCCACAGCCUUUCCUCCCUCCAUCCUCAUCCUCAUUGCUUUGGGAAUGCUAUGAGCCCAUAUCCUGCCCAUAAUCCCAUGUCCUGCCCCAUAACAGGAAAUCUUACCCCGUGUCCUGCCCCACAGAUCCAUAUCCUGCUCCACAGCUUUAUGUCCCACAGCCCUGGAGCCUUCCUCCUGCCGUGCUCAUCUUUCCUAUCUUUGGGACUACUAGGACCACAUAUACCUUCCCACAGCCCAUAUCACAUCUCAUAGCCCCAUACCUCUCCCUGUUGCCCCGUAUCAUGCCCCAUAGCUCCGCAUCCAACCCCAUAUCCUCAUUUCCAGUCCCACACCUCCAGAAAUUGACAAAUCACCCACAGUCCGAUUUGUGCCCCAUAUCCCUGCCUCAUAGCCCCAUGACUCCAUAGUCCAACCCAUAGCUCUCAUAUCACCCCUUAGCCCGUCCCAUAGCCCCACUUUGAGACCACGUCCCAUUCCAGUCUGUCCCCAUAGCCUACCCUACAGCUCUGUGCCCUGUGUCCCACAGCCUUCCUCUCACCAUGCUCGUCUUAGCCAUCCACGCGCUGACCUUCACUGUGGGUUUUCCUGCCAACGCCUUCACCCUCCUCACCCUCCUCAUCAAAAUCCGAUGUCACCGUCCUCAUCCCCACCUCACCGCUGCCGACCUCCUCCUCCUCCACCUCACCACCGCUGACCUCCUUGUCCUCCUCUUCCUCCCAUUCAAGAUGGCUGAAGAGGCAGCCAUGAUGGUGUGGCCCUUCCCCAAAGCGCUCUGCCCCAUUGCAAACUUCUGCUUCUACUCCAGCAUCUACCUCAGCACUCUCUUUAUAGCUGCCCUCAGUGUGGAGCGCUACUUUGGGGUCGUGUUCCCACACCGCUACAACCGGCGCCGGAGGUUAUGGCGGACGAUGGCCACCAGUGUCAUCCUUUGGGUGGUGGCAUUGUCCCAUUGUUCCAUCGUCUUUGUGGCGGAGCAUCACAGAGAGUUUGGGGUCAAUGGGUCUGAGGCUGAUGGGGAACGUGGUUUUGGCUUCAAUGGGAUCAAGACCUGGGGAUCUGGAACGGACGACUCCAAUCAUGUUGACCCCACUGUCCUGAAGAUGAGCAACCCCCGUUCUUUUGGGGUCAGUGGGUUUGACCUUGGGGGAUUUGGGUUAACCAAACCUAACGGCAUUGACACCGAUGCCCCCAGCAGCUCCACUGCUGACAUCACCACUCCCGGUGGAUCGAAGAUCCGCGGUGCCGACAUCUACAGCAUCUCCAGCCCCAAGACUGACCUCAACAUCUCCACCCUCCAAUUCUCUGACUGCACAAACACAAACACACCCCACAUCCCCACCACCACCCCAUGGAUCUCCCAGAAUGUUUCUAAGACUCAAUCCCACAUGGGCUACCACUGCUACGAUGACUUCUCCCCAACCCAGCUGCGCUUCGUUCUCCCGCUGCGCCUUGUGCUCUUCCUCGUCCUCUUCCUCCUCCCCUUUGCCAUCACCGUGUUCUGCUAUGUCUGCAUCAUCCGUGCCCUCCUCACCCGACCCCACAUCCCACUGCAGAAGAAGUACCGCACCGUGGGGCUGGCCGUGGCCACCAUGGCCAACUUUGUCAUCUGCUUUGGACCCUACAACCUCUCGCAUGUGGUGGGCUUUGUGCAGCAGCGCAGCCCCACGUGGAGGCCCUACGCUCUGCUCCUCACCACCCUCAGCCCCGCGCUCGACCCCUUCAUCUUCUAUUUCUCCUCCAGUGCUGUGCGGAGGGCGGUCAGUGGGGUGGUGGGGGCGGUUCGGGGCACAGUGUGUGGGUUUUGGGGUUGGUGUGGACAAAGGGAGUGAGCCCCAAGCAAGAGGAAGUUAUGGGGUAAAUGAGGUUGUUGUGACUGGAGUGGGUUUGAUGGGGUGGGAGAUCAGAAAUGGGGAUGGGACC